UAACCCAGCUCGCCUUUGAAUUUGGUACGUAUAAAAAAGAAGUGAGGUAUUCAAUCGAAAUUUUCGACCCAUUCAUUCAUAGUCUGAAUUUGUUCGAGACCGUAACAAAGGAAAGUAUGACUGUUUUGGCAGUAGGAGUGGUUUCAACUAUAGUGACUGGAGGAGCAGCUGCCACAGUGACUGCCCCAGCACUCGCUGGACUCGCAAACGGGGCAGGACUUACUUCAGCAGCAAUAGCUGGAGCAACCACAGCUACCUCCGCUGUUGCUGGAUCAGCUGGAAUUGGAGCUGCUGCUGGUGCUCUUGCUGGAGCUGCUGCUGGUGGAACUGGGGCAGCAGCUGCUACGGGUGCUGCUAUUGGAUCCGCGUCAGCUGCUGUAGUAUCCUCUACAGGUGCUGGAACCGCAGCACUUGUUGCAGGUGGUCCAGUCGGUUGGGUUCUCCUAGGAGGGGAACAAGACGCCAGCUCUCUUAAUGCCACAUUCGACUGCUGGAAACAGGUUUUACGAGACGAAUCGACCGAGCUUUCACGUGGGAAACUCCUAAAAGAGAUUUUCGAGGAUCAGCGCAUCAAACACGUCAUCGUUCAAGGGAGCAAAAACAAUUUCAACCUUCCUGAAUUAAGUCUGAUGACUAUCUUAGUGAGUCAAAUAAUGGCAGCCGUUCAAAGCGCAUUUGCCGGAAGUGGUUUGAUGGCGGGUGUAACUACGGGAUUGGCAGUUGGUGUCUGCGUACAGCUGGCCAAGAAAGGUGCUGUGACGUCGCUGGCUGGUGUCUCCGGUGUAGCCGGUACCAGUGCGUCGGCUGGGGCGAUCUUUGGCUCCAUUGUCGGUGGUGACGUCGCCAGUGCAUUGGCUGGUGGUACAGCUGGAGCGUUUUCUAGCGCCAUCGUCGCUGUUCUCUGGUCGCUUUUCUAAAAGUCACUUUUUUACUUUACCCUGCUUCGUGUUUAAUUGGCAUUUCAUUAGUACCACAGCGGUUUGUAGUGCAUUAUUGUGAAUGGAAUAGAUUGAUUGUAAUGUUA